AAUAAUGGUUUAAGUUGAUUGCAAAAUAGUUGGGAAGAGAAUUUCGAUGUAGCGAGUCCAUGACACAUUGUUUAUGAACAGAUCCACAAAACGACGCCGGAUCCGACACUUGAAAUAGUUUUUUCUAUUUAAAUUAUUAUACAAAAUCGAGCUAAUUGACACGAAUCAACCGAGGCACCCAGGGCCCACAGCAGCCUUUUCAGUCUCCACGUUUCCAAGUAGUUGCCAGGCCACUUGAUCGUCUACUCUGCUAUCAUUGGCGAUAGGUAGUGUCUGUCAUGCUGGGCCACUGGCAUGGACUUUCCCUAUCCGUAUCCACUAUCUUGAAGCUCACGGUUCUGCUUUACUCAUUGGAGUUCCAUGUUGCCAUUCUCUACCCGUCUGCAAUCUACUGAACGCCUCUUCUUUGCUCGGCUUUAACAGGAAUGAAUACCACGGCCGAAAAGAAGUUUCGGCCAAGAGACAUUUUAUCAUUUUUAACAUGUACAUUGUCUUAGAUUAUUUGAUUAGAGAGACCAUUCGGAAUGAAAUUGAAAACCGGCCGCAUACAUUUUUGUGUUUCAUCGACACCGUGGAGCUCAAGGGGGGAUAUGUGCCUGACUUAAGCCAUUUUUUUGCAGACAAAGAGAGCUACUGAGUACUGGUUUAAAAAGACAAAAGGGGCUUGGUCACUAUCCAUGGAAAAAGUGGGCAAGAUGUGGAGCAACCUGAGGAACCGAUGCCAGACCCUCUUCCACAGCGACGGUGCGGGACCCAGUACAGAGAACAGCGUGGUGGAAGAGGACGGUAUGCACUGUGUGGCGGACCUGGGACGGGGAGAAACUUCAGGCGAGGCCCAGGCAUCUCGGGCCUCCAGCCUUUCCCGAAGCCUCUUGCCGCUUCCCGGGGUUACUGGAGGGCGACGUCACAACUGUGUGUCGGACAUCCCCCAGAUGGUAGAGAGAACCACAGACAGAAAAUACAAUGAGGAAGCGAGAGGGGCUCCUUGGGGAGUCCCUAUGGGCCGGAGAGACUCGUACUCGCGCCAUGCACCUUGGGGGGGCAAGAAAAAACACUCAUGUUCCACUAAGACCCAGAGCUCCAUGGAUACAGACAGGCGGUCGGGACGCGCGCGCGGUGCCGCUGGGCGAAGGGAGCGUCGCUACGGGGUCAACUCCAUCCAGGAGAUGGAUGACUCUGGAGACGGGGGGCGUAGUCUGAGCACCCGCUCCCUGCGCCAGCGGCUUAGCGACACAGUGGGCCUGUGUCUCCCCCUUCCCCCCCGCCGCCGCUCCCUCUCCUCCUCCCCCCAAACCCCCACCAUCUCCAAGCGCAAGAUCCACCUGACAGAGCUGAUGCUGGAGAACUGUCCCUUCCCCCAGGGCUCGGACCUGGCCAACAAGUGGCACCUGAUCAAGCAGCACACAGCGCCUGUCAGCCCGCAUUCCUCCUCGGCUCUGCUAGACGCCUUUGACCCGGCCCACCCCUCCCCCGAGGACGAGGAGGAGCGUCUGCGCGAACGCCGCAGGCUCAGCAUUGAGGAGGGAGUGGACCCCCCACCCAACGCCCAGAUCCACACCCUGGAGGCCUUGGCGCAGUGCUCCUCUCUGUACAAACUGGGACCAAAGAUGGCCCCUGGCAUUGCAGAGGCCUCUGGGGAGGGCACGAUGGCCAGCUGCUCAGGAGGGGCGGCUGGGUCGUCGGGCUCGUCGGGACAGGUGCUCGGAGGGGCUACAGCCCAGCUGGCUGACUGCGACUCGGAGGAGGACUCCACCACCCUUUGCCUGCAGGCCCUGAGGCCUAAGCUACGCCACACGUCCGGGGAUGGCCAUCUGAGCCGGAACCAGCCUGGGCCCUGGAAGGUGCACACCCAGAUCGACUACAUCCACUGCCUGGUGCCGGACCUGCUUCAGAUCACUGCGCUGCCCUGCUACUGGGGCGUGAUGGACCGCUACGAGGCAGAGGCUCUGCUGGAUGGCCGGCCUGAGGGCACCUUCCUGUUGCGCGACUCGGCCCAGGAGGAUUACCUGUUCUCGGUCAGCUUCCGUCGCUACAACCGAUCGCUGCACGCCCGCAUCGAGCAGUGGAACCACAACUUCAGCUUCGACGCCCACGACCCCUGCGUGUUCCACUCAUCCACCGUCACGGGGCUACUGGAGCACUACAAGGACCCCAGCGCCUGCAUGUUCUUUGAGCCGCUGCUCACGGCACCUCUCCACCGGACCUUCCCCUCCGGCUUGCAGCACCUGGCCCGCGCCGCCAUCUGCCGCCGGACCACAUACGACGGCAUCGGCGCCCUGCCGCUGCCCCCGGCCCUGCAGGACUUCCUCAAGGAGUAUCACUACAAACAGAAAGUGCGUGUGCGCUGGCUGGAGAGGGAGCCGCCACUCAAGGUCAAAUAGGGGAGCGGUAUCUGGCGGCCUGUGCGCCGCGGACGGAGUUGAAACAGAAAAAUCCCUGCCAAUCAGGAGAGGCCAUACUGAAUGAACAAAGCACUACUCAGUCAGGCAAGGAGGGGUAACUGGAGAAACAAGGAGUUAGGUGAAGUGAGCUAUCCAAGAUUCAUUCUAAUCUCAUUAUUGUUUUAGUUAUCAUUUACAUCACUUGGGAUACAUAUGUAUCAUUAUAUUCAGUACAAUGCUGUCUGGCAAGCACACAUGGUUUUUAAUGUUGAACAGGUUCUGAAAGGGAGAGCACAAGCCUUCAUGCUUUGUGUCCCUCUCACCUUUUUAAUUCUGUCAAGUGUCUGCCUGAUCCCACAGCAUGAGCUGCCUGCAUGCCCUCUCACCCCCCCCAGUCUCUAUCUAGGCCCACAUGGUUAGCUAGCAAUGUUGUACAGUUCACUCGUGCUUUCUAUCUUUCCUUUUCCAUUUUCUUGAUCAAGUGACUAUACUGCCUGGCGGGCAUUGUUAGGCCUCAGGUGUAAUGUUAAUCAUCGCUCUCCUGGGAGGGGGGGGGGGGGUCCAAGGCCACGUCCAAGGGUGCUGCUGCUACAUCCUGCCUCUGUACACCUAUAGGGAGCAGGGCAUACACAGGAGUGGGUGUGGUUACAGCGACUCCUGGGCUUUUUGAUAUCCUCACUGUGAUUUCUCUAAGCAUGAAUCAUUGUCUCCCAUCGCUACUGUGUUGCCACAGAAGUGCGGCUCUUAUAAUGGAACAAUACUAACGAUAUUUGUCCUGGUUGUUUUCUCACGUCUGUCAGUGGCUCAAACUGGCAACAGAGCAGGCACUUUAACUUGGUCUGGUUUGUUUCUGGUCCUGCGUUCUGCCUUCAUGGUGUCACACUGUGCCAUACUCAGGGUUAACUUGUUAUAAUUCAGGCCCAUUGUUAGGUCAACGAUUGAGCCCAAUGGUAGAGUGAAUGCCAGGAGUGUGUAAAUAUGUUAUCAGGGCAAAGGGUGGCUACUUUGAAGAAUCGCAAGUAUAAAAUGUAUUUAGAUUUGGUUACUACAUGUCGGCGACAGCCGUGCGGCCCAAGUAGGCAACGGCAUGGGGAUUUUGUCUUCAGUUUCAAAAACCUGUCUGGGACAGCUAAAUUGUGGCCAAAAUCGUGUAGUGUACACCCAGCUUGACCUAACUAAACUGACCAAGACGUUACUCAAACAACAUACUCAUACAUAAUUCUACCCAAAAACAAUGACAAUUUCUCUCACCCAGUGGCGUAUGGGCUAUUUAGGUAUGCGCUGAUGCCACCCAGUGAUAAGCAGUAGGCCUACCCAGUUUAUCAAAGGCAGGGGGUGCAAAAUAUUGUCCAUGCCCAGCGCGCUUCACCGGUGCAGUACUCCACCAAUGUUCAGUCAAAAAAUUAUCCAACAUAAAUCAUGUAGCCUACCGUAGAAAGUGGUGUUUGCUGUAGCCUCCAUGCUGGAGAUAAAAUGUAUGUCAAUGUCGUGAGACGGACACUUUACCUUAUGCAGGUUUUUGCGAUCAAAUAGCCAAACCUAAAAACGCUCGUCGACAUGUUAACGAACAACAUUUACAAAAACGGGGCAAGUCAAAGUCAAAUGGACAAUAUCUGGAAAGGAAAAUCAGGCUACUCACAGCUAAUGUUCAGGGAGUUUCACCCCUUAGGCUAAAUUAACAUGAUAAUCAGCGAUUUUCAAGUUUGUAUUCGUCAAUUUUUUUUUUU